AUGGCGGUAGUUGAAAAAGACCCGGGUGUGUUGACAGAGAAGCUUGUGUUGACCAGAACAAGAGCUCAGGAUCUUGACAGUGUUAAAAAACUAAACUGUUGGGGGUCUGGAAUAACAGAUGUCAGUGUUAUUAGAAAAAUGAUCAAUUUAGAAGUUUGCAGUUUAAGUGGAAAUAAAAUCAGCUCUCUGGAAGAUUUUUCUCACUGUCCCAAUCUACAGGAGCUGUAUAUUCGUAAGAAUAAGAUUAGCGAUUUAAGACAUGUUCAUUGGUUAAAGAAGUUAAAUCGUUUACGUGUUUUAUGGUUGGCAGAUAACUCCUGUUCUACUGGUGACAAUUACAGAAUGACGGUCCUCAAAACUUUACCAAAUUUACAAAAACUUGACAAUGUGGGUAAGUAG